AUGUCUGCUCUUCGUAAAGCUGCUGAGGAAUACCUCACAGUUGAAAGCAUUCCAGAAUUCAAAGAGACAAUCAAAGCCGCCCUUAAUAACGAGGAAGAAUUAAAGAAGUAUUUUGGAAGCCGCCUUACUUUCGGCACAGCUGGCAUCCGUGGUCGUACUGGUCCAGGUUACUCCCAAAUUAACCCAUGUCUCAUUCUUCAAACAGCUCAAGGUUAUUGCAAGUAUAGUAUUGAUACUUUAGGCCUUGAAACAAUGCAGAAACGUGGUAUCGUAAUCGGUUAUGACGCUCGUAAAUAUUCUCGUGAAUACGCCGAAAUUACAGCUUCUGUCUUCUUAAUGAAGGGAAUCAAGGUUUACUUGUUCUCUACAAUCAUCCCAACACCAUAUGUUGCAUUCGGUAUCCGCUAUCUCAACGCUGCUGGUGGUGUCAUGGUUACUGCUUCUCACAAUCCUGCUACGGAUAAUGGCUACAAGGUUUACUGGGACAAUGGUGCUCAGAUUAUUGAACCACAUGAUGCUGGAAUCAGCAAAGCUAUUCAGCAGAACCUUAUCAGGUGGGAAGGAUUUGAUCAAUCGCUAUUUGUUGACUCACCACUUUGCAUUGAUCCACUCGACGAUGUCCGUGCCGCCUACAGCAAGAUGAUUCGUGAGAAACUUUGCUUCCACUACGAAGAAAACAACAAACCAUCAGGCCUUCGCGUUGUUUAUUCUGCUAUGCACGGCGUUGGCCAUAAGCCAACUCUCUGGGCUCUCCACACAUUCAAUCUUCCACUCCCAAUCCCAGUUCCAGAGCAGUGCGAAGGUAAUGGAGACUUCCCAACUGCUGCCUUCCCUAACCCAGAAGAAGGAGAACCAGUCUUCCGCCAUGCUAUCGCUCGUGCUAACCUUACUGGUGCUGAUCUUAUCAUCUGCCAGGAUCCAGAUGCUGACCGUGUUGGUGUUGCUGUCCGCCAGAAAGAUGGCUCAUUCCGUAUCCUUCACGGCAAUCAUACUGGCAUCCUCCUUACUUGGUGGUUCAUUCAGCACCUCAAGGGCGAUCGUUCAAAGGCUAAGUUCAUGAACUCUACAGUUUCUACAAAGAUGCAGAAGAGAAUGGCAGAAGUUGAAGGUUUCCAGUAUGAAGAAACUCUUACUGGCUUCAAGUGGCUUGGAAAUGCUGCUCUUAAGGCCGCCGAAGAAGGAGUAACUCCACUCCUUGCUUUCGAAGAGGCUAUUGGCUACGAAAUGGUCCCACAUAUCACACCAGAUAAAGAUGCUAUUUCAACAACAGCUGUUGUACUUGAAAUGGCUCACUAUCUUAAGAGGCACGAAAACAAAUCACUUACAGACAAGCUUGAUGACAUCUAUGCUAAGUACGGUUACUACCUCUUCAACAAUUCGUACUUCAUGUGCCAUGACCCAGAGAUCAUCAAGGCUGUCUUUGUUCACAUGAGGACAUCUGGUCCAGAUGGAAAGUACGUCCAGAAGGUCGGCCGAUUCGCUGUAACAGGCGUAAGAGACAUGACAACAGGCUACGAUUCUCGUACUUCGGAUCAUAAGACUGUUCUUCCACAGCAGUCCGGCCAAAUGAUCACUUUCUAUCUUGACAACGGCACAACGGCUACAAUCCGUACAUCUGGCACUGAACCAAAAAUUAAAUGGUACAUAGAACUCGGUGCUGAAAACCUUCAAAAGGCUGAGAAGGAUCUCGAGGAAGUUCUCAAGGCUAUCCAGGAUGAUCUCCUCCUUCGUGAGAAGUAUAAUCUUAAACAUACUGACUAA